AUGCAACGGAGGAGUUUUUUGAGUAUGACGCCGAGGAGUUCCUGGUGUUCCUGACCUUGCUGAUCACCGAGGGACGGACUCCGGAGUAUUCUGUGAAAGGCAGGACCGAGGGGCUGCACUGUCCUCCAGCCCAGUCAGCCAUGCCGCCUCUUCACAAACACGAGUGCAGCGACAAACUUCCUCAGUGUCGGCAAGCAAGGCGAACCCGUUCGGAGGUGAUCCUGCUCUGGAGGAACAACAUCCCCAUCAUGAUCGAGGUCAUGCUGUUACCAGACUGUUGCUACGGUGACGAGUGCCCCCCAAGCGACCCCAUCAGUGACCCGGUCAUCAAGCAAGAUGCGUUGCUGUUAGAGAGGUGGACCCUACAGGCGGUCCCGAGACAAAGCAGUGAUCGUUUCAUUGAGGAGAAAACCCUGCUAUUGGCUGUUCGCUCCUACGUCUUCUUCUCCCAGCUCAGCGCCUGGCUCAGUGCCUCUCAUGGCAUCGUCCCCAGGAACAUCCUGUACAGGAUCAGUGCUGCUGAUGAGGAUUUGGUGUGGAAGUUUUCUCAGCCGCCGUCGGAGCACAUUUUCCCAGUUCCCAACGUGUCCCACAGCGUCGCCCUGCAGGUUCAUGUCCAGUCGCUGCCUCGACAGCCCACCUACCCCACUCUGGCCUGUAGCAUCCACACCGGCCUGCCUCCGAUCUACAGCAAGACCCCCAGCCUCAGCCCCAACCUCAACAGCCACGGUGGUCUGCCCACCCUCAAGAAGAGUCCCGACCCCAGCAAAGACGCCGUUCACCACAACGCUAACACGUACAGUAAGAGCUCCAGCUCCAUGUCUAGCCUUCUUCUCAAUGGUUUACCCGUCCCCAACCUGCCUAUUAGCAACAUCCCCAUUAACAGCCUUCCUCACACUGCGGUGCCACUGUCCUACACUAAGAAGGAGCCCGCUGAAAACCACACGUGUUACAACGGAGAGCUCCCCCAGGUCAGCCUGCCACAACACCAGGGCUCACYGCUGUUCCACAGGUCGGCUCACUCCCCCACGCCGCCCCGCUCUCACUCCCCCUCCCCGCUUCCAACAAGCAAAGCAGGAAAGUGGUUGUACUCGGCCCUCAAUGGUUCGACCGACCCCUCACAGGCGGAGGAGCUCGGUUCCAACAACUCCGAAAAGUCUAAGGCUCCCACCGCCGAGCCCCUGAGAGCUUUCAAGAGUUUCUCCAUGAUGGAGUCGCCCCGCUGCCCCUCCCCACGGCCUGCCGCCAGCGAGACGAACCCUUUGAUCGGCUCGCUGCUGCAGGAGAGGCAGGAAGUCAUUGCUAGAAUUGCACAAAGGCUGAACUUCUGUGACCCAACAGCACCGCCGCUCCCUCCCGGACUGUUCGCUUCUGACAACCCUCCCAAAGCCAUGUGGGGCAGCAACCAUGACAACACGGCUGCCGGUAAGACCAAAGAACCUGAAGCACCCCCCUAUGAGUCUGUGGGACGUGGGUGGACCGGCCCGUUCAACACACCUGUGACUGAAACUAAUUUCGUCAAACGGGAGACGUCCUCCCCUAAACCCGCGGCCUGCAGGAGGCUGAAAAUGAACGAGACGGGAAACAGAGAGGAGGAGYGGAAAGGAGACGAGACGGAGCGAGAGAAGGACAGAGACAGCUCCCUCAUCGCCCAGGCAGUGCAAGACAUUACCAGACUCAUCCAGGAGAGGCUGUCCGUCUCCUCGUUGUCCCCCAGGCACAGCAGGAGCAGCAGCCCUCUGCAGCACAUGUGCACAACGGUCACACACACRGUGCGCACAUACUCACACCCCGCACACAUUCCACAAGCAUCACACACUGCCAGCAACGGCUACGCCAACGGCCACGCACCUCACAGAGACGGCACGCACAGCGCCGCCUCGCUCAUGCCCAUUUGCACAGACACGCCCCAAGUUGGACCGAGGGCCGAAUGCCAGUCUCCCCGAGUCCAAAAUGGAGCUCAGUUUACACUUGAAGAAGCCUCCCUCAACGGCCAGUCCGACACCCAGACCGGCCAGCGUUUCCGAGCUUCCCCGCAGAAAAAGCUCCGAGUCAGGACACUCAGCAGCCAUGAAGCCCCCUCUGCCUCCCCUGUCCACGAGAUCAGACAAAGGAACGCCCAAGUGUCGAGCUGGGAUCACGAUGACGCCCUCCCAGCUGCGAACUAUAACAGAAACAACAACAGCAAGCCUCAGCCCCAGAUGCUGAUCCAGAACUGUGUGCCAGCUCAGGGUUCUGUUCCGCAGGAUGAGAACCAAGCACCCUCAGAGUCUGGGUCCUGCGCAUCCAGUCCAGACACGGCUCCAACUCCAUCAGUCCUCCGUCCUCACAGCCCCUCCUCGCCUCUGCGGCCCUGCAACAGCUGGAAGAAACAGAACCGCCACUCAUUAGACGCCACAGCGACCAAGGCCUUCCACCCCUGCACGGGCCUGCCGCUGCUCUCCAGCCCUGUUCCUCAGAGGAAAAAUCAAACAGGUUAUUUUGACCUGGACAUCUCUCUGACUGGCUGUAAGGGUUUGCCUUGGGCUUCUGGGAAAAGGGUGUGUCCGAAGACAGAAGGGUACACAGAUGAGUCACAGCAGCUGUUCAGCGCCAGCGCUCCACCUGCCAGCCUCAGCCUUCUGGGAAACUUUGAGGAGUGUGUGCUGAACUAUCGCCUGGAGCCUUUAGGCACAGUGGAAGGUUUUACAGCAGAGGUGGGAGCCAGCGGAUCCUUCUGUCCCAGUCACCUCACCUUACCUGUGGAUGUGUCGUUCUACAGCGUCUCUGAUGACAACGCUCCCUCACCAUAUAUGGGUGUGAUAAACCUGGAGUCCCUGGGAAAAAGGGGCUACCGUGUACCUCCAUCAGGAACCAUUCAAGUGACCUUAUUCAACCCCAACAAGACGGUGGUAAAGAUGUUUGUUGUGAUGUACGAUUUAAGAGCCAUGCCAGCUGGUCACCAGACCUUCCUUCGCCAGAGAACCUUUUCUGUUCCCGUUCGCCGCGACUCAAACAAUCAUAGCAGCAGGAAGCCCCUCGCCCAGAGCCCGGGCCGCACCCUGCGUUACCUCGUUCACCUGAGGUUCCAGAGCUCGAAGUCUGGGAAGCUCUACCUUCACAGAGACAUCCGCCUGCUGUUCUCCAGGAAGUCGAUGGAGGUGGACAGCGGUGCUGCCUACGAGCUCCAGUCCUCCACAGAGUCUCCCAUCGACCCRCCAUUUUCUCCUCGCUGCUGAAGCGCGACGCCUCCCCUCAUCCAUCCAGUUGCAUCCAUUACUUCAGUCACACCUCAACGCCAGCGAUUGACUUUUAUUCAGCCCAUCAGCUCAUGGCUUGCAUUUUGGAAAGAGAUGGAGUUUAUGGGUUGCAGCCUGCAGGCCUGUGUCCACAAACUUAAGUUUCGUCCUGGAACUGACGUUGAGGGUCAGCUUAGAGCCUGAGAGACUCAUCAGAAAUACACCUUAUUCUCUGUUUAGUGCACAACCUUGGAACAAGAGGGUUGGGUCAAAGGUAGUUUUUGGAAGAGUUUGUAAUGCCGGUCAAAAUAUUGUUGCCAUAAUUAAAAGGAUUUUCUUUCUUUUUUUCACGUUGUUUUGUGAAUCCUCUCCAGCGUCUGGCAGGAGAGUGGAGACCAGUGCUCGUCAUCCACAGAGGCAGUUGAGACACGUUAAAUUAGUGCUGUUUUACUCUGCUGGCAUGAAUCCAAACAGAUAAAUCAAUUUAUUCACUCUAAAUUCUUAUCAACACAAAGCAAUGCAUUUUUUUCUUCUGGUAGAGCUCCAAAUGUUCUUGAAUAUUAGACUGAUUGAGCUAAAAGUGCAUUCAAACCCUGAGCUGCGUGACCCUGUGAGGUUCCUUCAGCUCGGAGCCGAGGGAGUGCACGUGGGAGAGAAACUGGGUGCCAGGCUUUAGUGCAACACAUCCCACGGACCACCGAAGACGUCGGAGAGGCAAUCACCCUGAAUUUACCUAAAAGCAUCACAGCAGGACAUCWGAAGUGCACUGUGGAUUUUAUUUUAUUUUAUUUUUUUCAUUAUAACUGGAAAUAAAACAGAAAAUAGUCAUAUUCUAAUACUUUUGUACGGUUACAAAACCACUUUAUUGGAAGUGUUGCAAUAGAAAGAGUAACGUUAGUUUAGUGUUUACAUAUUCACUUUCAGUUUACUUCCCAUCUGUUUAUUUAAUAUUUAAAUUAAUAUUUCAGUUACUACUUGUGAUGUCUGUCAUGCUAAGAUGUAGUGCAAACUGUAUAUCAUAGUGUGUAUUUUUGACAUUAAUAUUCAAAUCUGAAAAAAUAUAUCUCUAUCUUCUAAAGCAA